GUGGCGCAAAAUCUUCAAGUCGCGGCUGCUCAGUUAUGUGGAGUCGCACGCGUACAUCUAUUACUGGUCGGUCUGCGUCUUCCAAUUCAUCAUGAUGCUGGACGCCAUACGCGAGAUGCGUAAGUAUGGCGGCGCGGAGCACGAGUUGCACGACCAGCCGCUAGCCGAGACCAACAUGCACAUGAAGCUGUUCCGCGCUCAGCGCAACUUCUACAUCUCCGGCUUUGCCCUGUUUCUCUUCCUGGUGUUGAAGCGGCUGGUGACCCUCAUCACGGCUCAGGCAAUGCUUGCUGCCUCUCACGACGCCGCCCUUAAGCAGGCCAAGAACGCAUCGGAAACCGCCGAGAAACUCAUGAAGGCAGCCAACGAGAAGAGCGAUGAGAACGAAUCGAACGAGAAGGACGAGGAGCAGAAGAAGCUCAUCUCGAAACUGAAGGAGGACCUCAACAAGGCCAGACAAGAUACGCUGAUAGCAGAGAAGGAUCGGAGUGCUAUGAAGCAGCAGGCGGCCAGCGUCUCGGCCGAGUACGAUCGACUCAUGCAGGAGCACGAGAAAACACAGCAUGAACUGCAAGCGGUUCAGGGCGCCUCGACCUCCAAGAAAGAAGAAUAAAGGACAGCAGCAUCUAACAGCACUAGGACAUGGCGAGGUCUUCGAGAUUACAACCACGAUGUUGGAGAGAUUGCGUGAGAGCAAGCACACAGGCAGCCGACUCUUGGUUGCAGAAAAGAGGAAAACCGAUCGAAAGAUGACAAAUAGUCGCCGGAAAAAUUUCCAAAUACUGCACGCUUGCAUUGUGUUGCUUUGCACAAAUGUAGCCGAAAGGCAAGUAAUAAUACAUAGAUGUACUUGGAUAUCUGUAAAGGAUAUCUCAAUCGCUGAAAUAAAACAUGUUAUGUUUCUUGGCUAAACAUAGUGACGGUGAAGGGUGGGACACAAUAGUCCAUUGCAAUUGUAAUUAUUCUGCCGGAACUGCCGAGUUGUUUACAGCAUAUCUCAUUACCUUAUUCCUACAUCAAGCUGGUCGUACCAGACAGAACUAAUCUAUAUUAAUGCUUUUGCCAUACGUAAUAAUUUUUUAUAUAUUAUAAUAGCAGUGGUGCAAAAUAAUACAGUUCUUUGAUCGCAAGCAUAAAUGUGCAUUUGCACCCUGUGGAGCAGGGACUGUGGCCGGAGUGUGCAGUUUGUGCGAAAAAUGUACGUUCGGGAAUUUAUCGUUUACUCGGGUGCAUUCUGCGAGGAAAUUGCUGUUCGCCUACGCCGUAAUACGCAGGCAGUUUGUGUUUCAGAACACUAGUGUAUCGAAACAAAUUUUGAGCCCCCAACCAUAUGAAAAUUGCAUUUCUGUCGUAAAUUGUUUGUUGUCAAGUUCGUACAGCCCAAUGGGGAAACUUGUGAAAUUCGAGUGUCGUCGUUAGGUUAGUUUACGUUACUGACGUGUUCACAUGUUUUAAUGGAAUGGUGUUUAUGUUCGAUAACAAAAUAACUUGCAAAAUCCUUAGCACCCUGAAUGAACAAAAUUAUCCAUGAUUGGCGAGCAAUCGUAUUCUAUUCACGUGAUUGAAAAAGUGUCGAUUAUUAAAUUUGAUAUUUAUA